AUGAAUGAGGAGGAACAGGACCGAAUAAGGCAUCAUACCGAACCGUUCAGCGUGUUAGACACCGCCCGACCCUCCGAGUACGUGAAGCAGAUGCUAAUGACCACGGACGAGAGGUUGGAGUUCAUUCUGAAAUCGAAGUACAAACACGACUUGUCCUGCUGCUCGAAAACCUUCGACUCGAACUUCGAUGUCAGCCCCAGCGUCGUCAUCUUUCAGAGAUUCAACGCCGGAGAGGCUUUCAAUGUUAUCGUGACUGUUCGCAACGUAUCGCAGGUAUCACGAUAUCUGAAGACUUCCUGUGACGUAAAUCCCUUCUUCUCCGUCGAAAAUCGUGGAUCGUGCUCGAUGAUGGUCGCACCGGGACUCUCGAACUCUUACAACGUAAAAUUUGUUCCCGAGGAGGAAAUAGACUAUGAAUAUCGAUUAAAAUUCACGACGAACGUAGGGGAAAUCAUAGUACCAGUCGUAGCAAUCGGACCCAGAGGGAUCUUGGACUUCCCCGAUCGAAUCGAGUUGCCAGGCACAGCAGUAAAGGUCCCGUCCUCUAAAACGCUACUGGUGCGCAACGUGGGAAACGCGGCUGCUGUCUUCACUCUUUACAGCGACAACGCGCGUUUCUGGAUCGAGCCGCCGAAAGGUCGAAUGGAGGAAGAGGAGACGCUGCAAUUCACCGUUUGCUUUUCGUCGAAGACAGCCGGGGACUUCGAGGGGGAUCUCUUCGUCGAAUACGAAACAGGGGAGAAGCUCGGGAUGGACGUCCGUUGUUCCGCGGAGAAUUCUCCGGUUCGCGUCGACAGGGGCUGCAUCAGAAUGGAGGAGACGUACUUGGGUCUGUCCAGGAGCAAGGUACUGACGAUCCACAACGGGAGCGAUCACGUCGUCAACUACAAGUGGAUGCUGCUGAAGGAUUCCGAGGCUGACGAGCUACGACGAACCGAAUACAGAAGGUUAUUUCAUCUGGUGUACGAAUCGGAGCUCGUUCGAUCCGUCAAUCUCGUUCAUUACAACGUGUGCAUGCCCGACAUUCAUCAGCUGGUCUAUCAGCGAAUUUACGCGGACGAGAUCGAGUCGUUGAAAAAGGAAACGUUCCCUUACUGUCACAUAUCCUUCAUGCUCACUCCUGAGGAGGGUGAAAUUUGGCCGCAGUCGUCGACAGACGUUACGGUGCUGUUCCGCGCGCUCGAGGUCGGCGAAGUCAGCAGCAUCGCCUACUUAGAAGUGACUGGUCGCGAGAGUAGAAUCCCACUGAGUCUGCACGGAACUGGAAAGGGACCGUACUUCCGCUUGAACGUGCUCACGAUCGACAUGUGCAACGUUUACCUGUGCUCCGUGCACAAUUUCGAGGUAAUCGUCGCCAAUAAGGGCCACAUACCCGGCACCAUGAUUUACAAGCCAAAACCGGCCGAUUUCGGGGGAACGAUCAAGAUCACGCCGACCUGCCUGUUCCUGAAGCCGGACGAGCACAAGUCUUUCAACCUGAGGUUCUCCUCGAACCGCAAAGGCGAUUUCGUCGAAAGGUUGGAUUUCAUUGUUAAGGAGAGCCUCGAGGUGCACAGUCUGCAUAUCAAGGGUUGCAUCGUGUGCCCGACGCUGCACUUCGACAAGGAGAGCCUCGACUUUGGCGCGACGCCCCUGGGAUUCAGCAGCAAACAAGAGGUCUGCCUGCACAAUCAGUCGCUGGUCCCGGUGGCCUUCAGCCUGAGGCUGCUGAACGACGGGCACCAGACACCUCUGACCUACGAGGAGUUCGCCAGGGCUCAGAUGAAGCCGAGUUUCCCCUCCGACCCGCGGGAAUUCUUCGUCACCCCCGAAACGGGGGUGGUUUCUGCGAGCGGUUUCCUCAAACUCAAGGUGAUUUACACGGCGAACAUCGUCCGCGAUGGCCGCACGAGAUUAGAGGUCGACUUAUGGGACUCGGACUCGGAUGCUCUGGCGCUGACGAUCGAAUUCCGCGGCGUCGUGGCCUGCCUGUCGAUCGUUCCCAGCGAGAUCGUCGACCGUUACUGCUUCCUCAAUCAUCCUUGCACGAAAACGUUCGACGUGGUGAACGCGUCUGACUUCGACGGGUUUUUCUACUUGCCACCGCAACCGGUUUCAGAUAAUCCUCCAGUGAUCUAUUCAUUAUCGACGAACCAAGGCCUCAUCAAGGCUGGUCAGAAGAAAGCUGUCUGCGUAACCAUCAUCACGAGGAUCCUGGGAAACCAGACAUUGAGCAUCAAUAUGUUGGCAAUGGGAGAAGAAUCCCCUAAGUUAGCUUGCACCAUCAGUUACAUCGGACAAGGACCUCUAAUUUCUACUGAACCGACCUUUUUGGACCUGGAAAAUAUUCCAGUUCUCGAAGACGUAACGACAAGCUUCUUGGUGACCAAUGAUUCGCCUAUACCAGCUCAGUUUUCAGUCUCUAUGCACAAGCUGAAUUUGUUAUGGACUGCUAAUCCCCAUUCCGGCUACCUCAAUCCGCACGAAUCAAUGAAAAUCAACAUCACACUGCGUCUACGAGACGCGGGGAAGUUCAGAGACAGGAUCGUGCUGAUUCUAGUAAAUAACCGAGCCAUCAGCAUCGAGAUAAGAGCGUACGGUGUCGGAUGCAGCGUCGUUUUCGAGCCGCGGAUAUUUCCUGUCUGCGAUUUAGGCUUCAUGUUCAGUCACCAGACGAGCCAUCAGACGAUAACGGUAACAAAUUAUGGGACCAUCGCGUACCAAAUCGUCUGGUCUAACACUCCGCAAGUGCAGAUAAAUCGGGGUCAGCUGACCGGGCUGCAAUACUCCAUGUUCCAAAUCAAGCCAUUGGUAUUCGAAAUCGAGCCGGAGGAGAAGAUAGUGGUGCAUUGCGAACUGCUCUGGGAGAUCAACGAAUGCGUCACGGAGGACUGGUACGUCUUCGGUAGAGCAGCGGGUGCAUCAAGGCGCGAGUUGAUUGGUAGUUCAACUUUCAAAGCCGUCCUCACAGAGCCGCAAAUUCUUUUUGACAAGAAAGAAUUGGCUUUUCGCGUCGACGUUUGUCCUGACGGUGAGAAGAGACAUCAAACAGAAGAGCUGCUGGUGACAAACAUGUCGAAGCUGCACAUUAACGCGGAGCUUUCGGUGAAAGCCCCGUUUCACCUGGUGAACGACGAGGAACAACACUCGCAGAGCAUGAAAGUCAUUUUGUACGACGGCCAGGUCACGAAAGUACGGCUGUUCUUCUCCGUGAACGACAGCAUCCUCUAUUCACAAAAUUACAACGGCGUGCUUCAAUUUGAAUACGACGAACACCCAAAUAAGGAUCGGAUCGUGUGCAAAGGUCUGGUCAACUUGCCGAAUCUGGUUUUGGAACCCGCCAAUUGCACUGUUAAUUGCGAACUUGGCUCGAGUGCCGAGAAAAUAUUGACGCUGACCAAUAAUGGCCCCGUAUCGGUCGUGUACAAAUUCCUGUGGAUAGAGGACUCGAUCGAGAUGGAACGUUACACGAACGACGAUUGCGAAUGCUCGGUGCACACGCAUCCCACGAUCAGACCGGCGACUCCCGGCGCUCCUGUGUCAGCUGCGACGAACGAAGGCGGCUCCGCGAACGACAGGCAGGACGGCGGCGGAGACGGUCCACUUCAAUCGAUACCGCCACCCAUGAAUUCGCCCGUCUCCGAGACGCACGCGCAGAAACUCAAAUUGGACAGCAGCACCGAGGACGACGUCGAAGAGGACAAGUGCGCGGUGUCCAAGGAAGAAAUGAGAGAAUUUCUGCUGCCCUUGGUCGAGAAAUACUUCGAGGAAGAGUUGGACCUCGCUGCCUUCGAAACUAUGAGGGACGAGCCCCGAAGGACUCAUUACGUCAACGACAUAUUAGAAAUUAUUCCGCGCGAGGGAACUGUACCGCCGUACACGAUACAGCACGUCCACGUUGGAUUUCACGGUUUCGAACGGCUUCGAAUAAAAGCUACAGCCGUUUGUCAAAUAUUACGUGGCCCUACCGAACAGUUUCAACUAUGCGCGCGAUCCGAUGCAAUUCGGUUCGCCGUUGAUACCGACACGAUCGAUUUCGGACAACAGCCGCUUUUGGAAUCCGGUCGCAGACGGUUCGCUUUGAGGAACAACAGCGGGGUGGCGUUCGGCUAUAAAAUAACCGGCUCGAACGCCGCCGCCCCCGACGAGACGGUCGAUAACUUCGAUAUAAAUCCGCUAAUGGUCGAGCCAAACACGGGAUUCGUGGACGCUCAGUCAUUCGUGGAAUUUGAUGUGGAGCACCGUCCGACGAUCCUCGGUCCCAUCGAUCAUCGGUUCCAGCUCGAGAUCGGCCAUUUAAUGCCGGCGACGAUAACCGUGAAAGCGAUCGGGUCGUUUCCUCAGGUGUUCCCGUGCAUGCCGCGCGGCAAUUUGCAUCGGCAGCAUUCCAUCGAGUCCGAAUACGCCGCGAUAGGAUCGUUGACCGACGAGUUUCUCGCGAACCUGCCGCAGAAGACGAAGAACGCCCUGAAAGAUUGCGAUUCCUCGUUGAACGGCAUCGAUUUGCCCGACGAUCUCGUCGAAUUGUUGUCCGGCGAGGGAUGGGCCGUCGUUUCCUACGAGGAGAUGCUCCCUAACGUCGCGGACGUGGAAAUGGCCGUGGAGAGGCAUUUGGCAAGGAAACUCGUCGACGGGAAUUCAUACGUCUUGAUGCAGUACGCGCCGACUCUCGGAAAGGAGCCCAUUCCUCAUUUAUUCUCCUCGGAGUACGUUAUUGAUAUGGAAUACGUAAUUAUCGGUCAAGUCGCCGAUUGUUCGGCGAGAAUGAUUAAUUACGGGCCGUGGAGCGUCGAGAUGCGAUUGAGAAAAUGGAAGAAGCAGAACCCCCUCGAGAAACUGGGCAUCGCGGUGCAAUUCAAAAGACGAUUGAACCUAAUGGUCGGCGAGUCUGCCAUUUUUCGAGUAAUUUGGCAUCCGACCGCGGAGAAAUAUAAGGAAAAAUGCGCGCGAGUGGAGCGCACGGUUUACAUCGAAGUAAUAAGAGGGUGCACCAUACCGGUAACCAUAAAAGGAACAGUGACUUAUCCUUAUGUAACGGUCAGCACGAAGUUUCUGGAUUUCCAGGACGUCCUCGUGGGCGAAUGUUUAGCGAUGCACGUGCAGAUAAGAAACGAGUAA